GUCAAACCCAAGCAGCUGGAGGGGACCAUGGCCAACUGUGAGCGUAGCUUCAUUGCGAUCAAACCAGAUGGGGUCCAGCGGGGUCUUGUGGGAGAGAUUAUCAAGCGUUUUGAGCAGAAGGGAUUCCGCCUUGUUGGUCUGAAAUUCAUGCAAGCUUCUGAAGACCUUCUCGAGGAACACUACAUCGACCUGAAGGACCGUCCAUUCUUUGCUGGCCUGGUGAAAUACAUGCACUCAGGGCCGGUAGUUGCCAUGGUCUGGGAGGGGCUGAACGUGGUGAAGACAGGCUGAGUCAUGCUCGGAGAGACCAAUCCUGUGGACUCCAAGCCUGGGACCAUCCGUGGAGACUUCUGCAUACAAGUCGGCAGGAACAUUAUACACGGCAGCGAUUCCGUGGAGAGUGCAGAGAAGGAGAUCGGCUUAUGGUUUCACCCUGAGGAACCGGUAGAUUUCAAGAGCUGUGCUCAGAAUUGGAUCUAUGAAUGA